GCAGUUCCGCCGGGGACUUCGGGGCGCGCGCGCCCGCUCUGCAGCCCCGCCGGCGCCCGGGGACCUUGGAGGUGUCGGGAUGCGCUCGGUCAGCUCGCUCGCGUGGACGGCGCCGCGACGCUCCGGCAGACGGCGUCGGCGUCGGCGUCCUUCGGCGGCGACCUCGAGAUCGUAUACUAGUGGAGUACUGCUAGGCCAAAGUUAUUCUUCACAUAGGCAGCCUGGUAUUGGUUCAAAGUCUGUGAUUUCGACGGCUUCACUCUGUUCACAAUCAUGGGGCGCAAGAAAAUACAGAUAUCGCGCAUCACAGAUGAAAGAAAUCGACAGGUGACAUUCAACAAGAGAAAGUUUGGCGUGAUGAAGAAAGCUUAUGAGUUAAGCGUAUUGUGUGACUGUGAGAUCGCACUAAUAAUAUUCAGCAGCUCAAACAAACUGUAUCAGUAUGCGAGCACUGAUAUGGACAAGGUUCUUCUCAAGUACACCGAGUAUAACGAACCACAUGAGUCCCUCACCAACAAGAACAUAAUUGAGGCACUCAACAAGAAGGAGCACAAGAACGGCACGUGCAGCCCCGACAGUCCGGAGCCCGACACCCAGUACCAGCUGACGCCGCGCACCGAGGCCAAGUACAACAAGAUAGACGAGGACUUCCAGCUGAUGAUGCAGCGCUCCCAGCUGAACGGGACGAGGGUAGGAAUAAGCCAGUCGAACUACACGCUGCCCGUCUCUGUGCCGGUGAACAGUAGCUAUGGAGACUCGUCCUUGCUGCAGUCCAGUCCGCAGAUGCCCCACACCAGCGUCAGCCCGCGACCAUCAUCCUCGGAGACAGACACAGUGUACCCGUCCGGCAGCAUGCUGGAGAUGAGCAACGGCUACCCGAACUCGUCGUCGCCGCUGGGGGAGUCGCAGUCGCCCGGCCCCAGCCCCGUCAUGCCCGGCAAGGUGCAGCAGCAGCAGCAGCAGCAGCAGCAGCAGCAGCAGCAGCAGCAGCAGCAGCAGCAGCAGCAGCAGCAGCAGCAGCACGGCAAGCAGCACUCUCCGGGGCCGGGCAGGGCGAACCUCCGCGUCGUCAUACCCACCCCGCAGGGCCAGCACUCCUCGCAGUCCGACGAGUUCGUGGUGCAGGCGGGGCGCAGCACUUCGACGCUCAACACGCCGGUGGUGGCUCUGCAGACUCCGUCCAUCCCGGGGCUGUCCUACCCGGCGUCGCUGUCGGCCUUCGGCGGCCAGGACUUCAGCGUGGGCGGCGACAUGGGCCUGAGCGGGCUGGGCUGGAGCGCGCACUCCCUGCAGAGCGGUCUCGCCCACUCCAGGUGGGGCAGCCCCCCUCCCUCCUCCGGCGCCGGAUACCUCAACGGGUUGCCGCACCUGGCUGUGUCCAGCAGCACGCCGCCGCCCGUCUCCUCGCCCCUCGCCGUCAAGAUCAAGAGCGAGCCAAACUCCCCGCCGCGUGACGGGGGCCACGCCCACAUGCACGGCCACGCGCUGGGCCAUGCCCUCGGCCACAUGCACGGCCACGGCUCCACCGGCCACCUCACCCCCACCCCAGGGACGGUGACGCCCACCAACAUGUCGCCGGGCGACCCGCGGCACAGCAGUAGCUCCGACUACGACAGCGGGCCCAUGCAGAAGCGGUCUCGACUCAACGAGGGCUGGGCGACAUAGUAGUGCGCGGCGGUGGGCCCCGGACGAACCACGUGCCACGCGAAGCGACCGCCGCCGUUGGCCGGGGGGCAGCUCCACGAGACGUGACCGCACCUCGGAGGUCGCCGGACCACUACCUUGUCCCGCAGCAUUGCCGCCACUCGCACGAGCCGACAGACGUUUCUCAAACAGUCCAUUUGUGAUCGUGUCCGCACGAGGAUAGAGCAACAAGUUGUUUUAUAUUGAUGCAUUCGUAAUGCAUGUUUUAGAACUUUAUUGAUAAACAUAUAAAAAAAAAGAGUUGUAAAAAAAUGAGAAAACUAGUUGCAUUAUACUACAAGAGAACAUUUUUGUACUAGGUUUGUUCGUGUGCACUACACUGCGUGACUACUAUGUAGCCCCCAGAUUUAAUACGCGUAUAUUUUGCUAAGAAUGAGAGUACGUGUUUGCUAAAUGUUUUCUCCGGUUGUUUUUCCUGUAGUUGUGCUUGGUGUCGAUCCAAACUGCGGUUCUUGGCACGCGAAACAUAGACUAUAGACAGAUCUGCGGUCGUAUGUGUAGAAAUAGACCAGCACCGAGUUCACAUUUGUAACAGUAGAUUGACUAAUAUAGGAAAACAAACUGAAAAUAAAUUUUUGUUAAGGAGUUAGAAAAAUUUAAACUAUGUGAACUAGCUAUCACAUGUACAAUUAUAUAUACAUAUUAUAUAUAUAUAUAUAUAUUUUCUGAAAACAUUAUUAAUUUCUGUAAUUUGCAAUAUGGUUUUAAAUGUUGAAUGUAAUAUAUAAGUUUAUGUUGCCAUUGCAUACCUGGUGCUUGAUCUUUGUAGGCGUAUUUUGUAAACCAGAAAUUAAGAAGCAUGUGAUUGUUGUAAUGGUUCUGCCAUGCUGUUAGAUACGUAACGUAUUGUCUUAGUCAUUUUCCCCAUGAUGCCACAUCACAACAGUGUCAUUAUUGUACACUCAUCUUUUAAAACUUAUGCCCUUGUUUUUUCUAGUACGUUUGCUUAGAACUGCUGGAUGAAAUCUCUUUUAAACAUUUUUAUAAAAGAAAAAGCAUUGAAGCUUUGGCUAGUUAAGCUCUUUUGUGUUUUUUUCUGCAUCGCCAUAGUUUUUGUUCAAACAGGUUAGCCAUUUAAACUUACUAACAUAUAUUUUCUGAGUUCUAAGAAAAAGUUUACAUGAUGCAUAUUUACGACCUUUUGUGUAAUGCCUUUACAAAGUCAAAGUUUUAUAAAGCUAAUAGAUUUAAAGUUUUUGGUAAAAGCUACCCGAAAUAGCAAUCCUUAAUAGGAAAUAUUACUCCAUUAAUCGAGUGCUCUUUCUUUGCAUAAUGAUGUAGCGUUAACAUUUAUGCCUUGAAAUUAAUAGAUGAGAAAAACCACUUCCUGCUUCAUUUUUAAAACUGGUAAUAGUUCAUCAUAUUGGUUCCAACAUUAUUAUUUUGUAUUUGUGUUCCUGUAACAGUUUGAUCUAGUUUUAAAUCGUAGAUUUUUCGUGGGCCUGUGUUACUUGUUUGUGCUAUACAGUCAAGGUGCACCAUUUAGAAAUUAGAUAGCUUCUUAGGAUGAUAUAAAAACCACCCACAAUACUUUUUAAAAUUUUUUGAUGGUUUUAGUAACCAGCCACAUGAUUUGAAGAUUAGGAUUAAUUUUCUGUGCCCUUGUACUCUCUGUGUUGUGGUCACAAACAGAAAAUCCCAUGAAGUGUUGAAAGUUAAAAUUAUGGUUCUGGCAAAUGUUCCUUGAGAACAAACCAUUUGAUCUUCAGAUAUGCUUUUCGAGAGUAUUUUUUGCUGCUCUCAUUCAUGCUGAAUGUUCACAGUGGCUUAUUUUAUCUAGUAAUAUUCUUCAAGAGAGCUUAAAGUUUUCUUAAUACGUAUCUUCAAUAUUAUUCUUGGAUUUGAAUGUACUUUGAUACAAUUUUAAGUAAUUUCUAUCAUAUCUUGGAAUUAAAAUCAAUUUGGAACUUAGUGUCAUAAGUUUCUUUGAUAUCAAAUGCUUUUUGGCUGUUCCCUGAAUUACUUGAAACACAAUAUACGUAAAAAAAAAAAAAAAUUACAGUGAGAACGGAGAAAAAUGCAAGAUGAAUUGAAUAAAUUAAUUACAGCAACUAAUGUAAGUUAAUUUGGCUUGUAACUCAACAAGUUGCUGGCUGUGCUGUAUGUUUUACUCAGUGCAAAGGACAAAGUGCGCGUGUGCAUUUGUCAAUUUCUAUGUCAGUGAACAGUGGAUAUGUGUACUUUAGACAUUUUCAACUUAACUGUGCCAUUACGAUUGAAAAUGUAUAUACAUUGCAAUUUUCUCAACUUGCAUCUGACCUUCUUCAUUAAUAGAGAAAAGUAAAUAAUAUUGUAUAUAUAUUUUUUAGAAUUUUUUUUAAAGUUAAUUGAGAUACAAUUGUUCAUAUAUUUCAUGCCAUGGAAAAAAAAUUAAAGCAAUUGCUUAGUUUAGAAGUCAACACUUGUUGAAGUUUCCUUGAUGUACACACACACACAUAUAGCAACUCACUGGGUCAGGACUCUGGUCUGGCUUAUCUAUGGAGUCAGAAGAGAGAGUGUCUACUUAUGUGAAAGCUAGUUUGCAGUUGUCAGAAUUUUAAAUUUAAAAAAAAUCCAAAUCAGGUUUUCAAUUCUUGCAGUUCCAUUCCCUUUGCUUCUUCACUUUAGGUAAGUAGGCUGUUGGUAAGCUGACUAAAUGCAGAGCUAAGUCCGCUUUCAGUUAUAAGAAUAAUGAUGUAAUGCAAAAUUAACAAUUAAACUAUGUAUUUUUGAAAAAGAAAAAUAAAACAGAUUGCAGUUUUAAUAAUUUUAAAAUCUGGGAGACUGAUAAAAAUUGAUGAAAAUUAAAUUUUGUCCCAAGUGAAUUAAACAUCCUUGUCAUCAGUUCUUUAUAUUUCUACACAUAAAUUUACUUGAGCGUCUGACAUAAUUGAUUUUGGUGUUUUAGUUUUAUAAUACCUCAACCGACAUAGUUACCAGUUACAGUGUUUGGUAUGCAAUGAUACAUAUUUGUUUCAUGUUAUGGAAAUAAAGGAGAUUUCAUCCAUCAUAGUUAAGAUAUUGGUUCCUUGGGGAGCAGACGAGUGGCUAUUUGGCACAUACAAGUGCAAUCUUUGUCUUUUGUGUCGCAAACAGUUAACUUGUAUUAUGUGAUAUUUUUGUGGAAGUAUAAAGUAAACUUUCUUUCUUUUGUUAUCGUUAGCUGUGUUUUAGUUUAUUCUCUUUUCAUCCUUGGUAAAUAGUAAAUGUGCUAGCGAUUUAUAUCCGAACAUCACUAGUUGCACCAAUGCAACCACACAAUGGGAGAACAUUAAAAAUAUCAACUCGAUAGUUGAUAAUUUUACCUCAUCACUUAAAUAUGACUGCUACAAGCAAAAUUUCUGGUAGUGUAGAUAACUAUGUAUGCUUAUUUAAUUUUGAUAACAACGUAUUAAUUUUUUGUUUGAUAAAGAAUAUUUUUUUUUAUUUUUAUGUUUAGUUAAUCAAACUAUCAGCUAAGUGUUAUUAAGACAAUUUUGUACCAGUUCUAAGUGCCAGAAUCAAAACAUUUCAUUAUUUAAAAAAUUUAAGAAAAUAAACUACUGUAAAUUAAUUUUUUUCGUAGGUUUUUGAGCACUUUUUACAGCAACAUUUUUCUUCUACAAUUUGUGUAUUGGUGCUUAUAAAUAUAUAUAUUUUUUUUACAUUUUUGUUUUUUACUGCUGCUGUUUUAGAAAUAUGUUAUAUUUGUUAAAGAGAAUGAUUAUAGUGGUAUUUUAAAUACCCUUUUUUAAAAAGUAUUUGUAGGGUUAGCAACUGUAAUAGCUCCAAUCCUGUUUAUAUUUUAAAGCACCAACUUUUUAAUCAAAGAGUACAUAUUGAAGAUUUUUAUAAAGUUUGUUGUAAGAUUUUUUAUGACAUCUGGAUUUAAAGAUUUGGAGAAGAUAGUUUUGGGAGUCUGUCUAUUGCAAAAUAUUUUAUGGAAUUUAUAUUUUUAAGACAGCUGUAAGUGUGGAAGAUAAACCUCGCAAAAAUAUGUAUUUGGAAAAAUAGUUCAAAAUUAUUACAGAGUUAUAGCAUUAUAUUGAUGAGCACAUUAUCGUUUACUGAAAAUUAUGAUGACUGGAACUAAAAAGUAAUUUAUUUUUAUUAAAAUUUUGUGUUGAAAAUAUAACAUAUCUGUUCAUAGGUUUGUACAACUUAUUACAGUUUCAAAGUUUUUAUCUAGUUACGAGGUUGUGUUCCAAUUGUGUCGACCAUAUUUGUUGAAACCAUAUCUACCACAUUUCACUAUCAGAAAAGCUCUACAAUAAUGGUCACUGUUGGCUGUGAACAGUCUGUAGUGUAAACUAACUUGUGUCUUUUUGUAGCACCAUUGCUGCCGGCUGUAUUGUAGUGAAUCUUUUGCACAACCAGUAGAAUGAAAACUGGUGUUUUAUCUGUCCAAGAACAUUUUUGUCCUUCGUAUCUCCACUCUAGGACGGCCUUACUCUGAGUGCCUCAUCGUGUGCUUGUUCACUUUCGACCGACCGAUCAUGUCCAUAAUUGUCAAUUUAUUUGCAUGUCACCUUCGUGUCUGGUCACGGCUGCACCUCUUGUUUUGUUUUCGACGAGCGUGGCUUUCACAUGGCGUCCUGGUGGUUUGUGCGACCGAGCGAUUCUUGCCUGUUCAAUGUUACCCCGUCGUUGGCGAUGGUUGACUCUCGUGACGUGUCAGUGUUGCUGUUAGGUGUUUCAUUGGGAUGUUUGUGUAAAGACCAGUGUUCCAGCACGUUUUUGGUGGUUAACUGGUGUGUUUGGUGUAAGAUGUACUGGACAAGCUGAUGUCACUAUUGAUAUUAAACCGACUUGAAUAGUCUAUAACAAGUUAAACUGUUAGUCUUGUUGAAGGUUGCAAAAGUCUUGUAGGUAUUUCUGCCAAUUUUGUUUGGUCUUUGUUGUGGGGAUUAGAGAUUUUUAUGUACAUAUGAAACCUAAAAUUGCCAAAUCUGUUGUUUGUACUGUUUGUAUAGAAUGUUUGUUGUUUGUUUACAUAUGAAAUUGUUAACUGAAUGCAACUUUCACAAAAAAAAACUGUUGUACAUUUUGAAAAGUUUUCUCACUUUUAGGAUAUUUGGAUUUCGCAAAACUACCAGGACGGCAUGUCAUGAUAAGUUGACACUUGAUCAGCGUUAGUGUAAAAUUGUAUCAUGGUGAAGUUAAGUGUCUUGUUGAAUUGCUAGGAUGUUGUUGGCACAGACUUAAUGAGUGGUUUUAUUGUUUUGGCAGGGGUAAUGAAUAGUUUAUAUAAAUAUCCCUUAUACCUAUUUACAACAUUUUAUGUAAGUACAUUUAUUUUUUGUUUCAUAGAAAUAUUUGAAGGAAAAUAAACUUUGUAAUGUUUGUAAAAUGUUUUCUUCUAAGAAUAUUAGAGUUGGAAAAGUGUGGAAAAUUUUGGUUUGAGUUGAGUCGAGCUAGUUCAGUAAAUAAUAGCUUUGAGUCGAGUCCAGUCCACUCCACAUUUGAUCAUUUUCUUUUAGUUCAUUUGAGUUAAGUUGAGUCCUUGAAAAUCAAGUCGAGUUGGAGUAGUUGCAGAAAUUUCAGAGAACAAUUUUAUGUUCCAGGUGGUUAUAUGUUAAUGCAGCCUUAGCUGUAUAGUCAUUUGUGCCAUGUUAUUAAGUAAAAUAUAACGUUCAAUCAUACCAAUGCAUGAUUUCUUCACAAAUUGAGUGUUUUAUUCCCACUGGAUUCUGAAACACUCACUAUUUGAUCUCAAGUAAAUUGUGAGCUUCAGGUAAUUAAAAAUGAGAAAAUAUAAACAAAUUUUUGUAUUGUCAGUAUCAUUUUUAAUGAUUUUAUUAGACUUCAUAGCCUCUCUCAACUUUCAAAUUUUUUUUUUAACCAGCCUGAAUUGAAAAAGCCACUUUGCAGAGAUAAUCAAGCAACAUUAGUAGUACUCAAUAUCAUCUUUUCAAAUUUGGAAAUUUUUUUAAUGCCAUUCACAAAGGACGUUUAUAAACUGUAACAUUGCAGAACUGAAAAAUGUAAACAAACAAAAUAUUACCUUGUAUUUUUUUUUUCUAACAUAUAUUCUGCCUUUUUCUGGUAAAUACAGAUUAUUUCGACUUAAAAACUAGUAAUACUUAAAAAAAAUUUAUUUCACAUCACAUACUUAAAAAAAGGGGACAUUAAAUUAAGUGCAAGAUAAGUUUUAACUUAGGGUUGUAAACAAAAAUAAAAAUGUUCGUCAUUUUGAAGAUACAUGUGAUGAUAUGUGAAGAUACAUGUGAAGAUACAUGUUGUGUCACUAUUUCUUCUUAAUAUCCAAUUGAAUUAUUAAUUAGAAACUUAAAUCAGCAGAUGUACAAUUUAAGCAUGAUUAGGCACAGCUAUAAUAUCUAUGAGACCUCAUUUUAACUGCUGUCUUCACAUGGUAUUGUUUCCAUUCCUCUGCCAGAGCAAUGUAGAUUCUCACUUAUUCACUGAGGCUGGUUAUUUGCCACUUUCUUGCAGUUUGUUUACUUUAUAUUUAUUUUAGAAUGCUAAUAUUUGUGUUUGUGAAGAAGUUGUACCAUACUGUUAUAUUUUUUAUUUUUAGUUGUUUUUAGAAUUUGACAACCUGUUUUGUUUUAAUAGGAAAUAUCAAUACUGAUAUGCCAGAAAAAGGUGCAAUAUAGUUAUUUUGCCAGACAUUUAAAUUAUUAAUUAAAUAUUAGAAAAUGAUUAAAUAAGUAGUAAAAUUUAUGAAAUGAAUAUAAAAAAAUAUUCAAUAAGUUCAAAGUAAGGAAGGUAAAUAAAAAGUUAUUUUGUCUUAAAAUUUGCCUUAGAUUUUUUCUGUUAUUCAUUACUAAAACUCUAUCAAUUCCUCCAGUUAAAGUUAGCAAUAAAAAUAUAUGUGUGAAUGAAUGUUUCUUAAAAACAUUAGUAUCUUCUAAUCUGCAAUCAAUAAGUUCGACGAUGAUGGUAUGUAAAUAAAAUUCAGUAAGUUUUAUUUGCCAGUAAGUGUUAAAUAUUCAGUUUCUGAUAAUGAUGGGGCUACAUUGACCUACUGGAAGAACAUAGUAGAGACUCCGAUUUCAGGAAGAUAGCACCCUGGCCAGAUAGUCUUUAGCCAUCCCCCUUCCUUUUCCAUUUUCUCUUACAGCAAGCGCUGGGAUAUUAAAGUCUUUUGUUGUGAUUUAAAUUGUAAGAUUUUACAUGUAUUUUUUUUUUUUAAAUAUCAUUACCAUAAGUUAUUAUUCCCAUCCCUUAAAUUUUUUUGUCUUAUUUUUUUCGCAUCUCAAAUUCUCCCGUCCCUCAAAAACUGGCUCUCUGGGAAAAUGCCCAGUUGGUCUGUUUGUAAAUUGAGGCCUGCUUAGUAGGUGAAAAUUAUGAAAUCAGUAUGCAACUAUUUACGGGUGGGAACAUAUGGUUUGUACCUUGGUACAGGAUUUAUAUCAACCAAAAUGGUUGUAGUAUUUAUUUCAGACUUAUGAAACAAUCAUAGUAAGAAAUACGACCCUAAGAAGUGGUAUACCAGCCAUUAACAUCAUCCAAUCUUCGUACGUUUACAAAUUUGGACUUAUUUCCUUCAAGAAGUAAAAUCCAGAUUGCUGUUGUCACCAAAGCCCUCGUGACUUUGAAGAAUGCAACAGAGCCUUAAAGAGUCUGAGGACAGAUGGUUGGUAAUAGAGGGGCGAGACCAAAAUUAAUUUGUCGUUUUUGGAGCUAAGGUCUUUUGAAAGAAAAAGUGUACAAUUUAACAGGUGUUUUGUUGACAAGCUUAGUUUGAAUUUCAGCCGCUUUGCACUGAAAGAUAUAAACCCAAGGCAACUUUAAUGAUUGGUAUUUAGAGCAAAUAAUAGCUACGCAAGCUGUGAAUAGUGUCAUAGAAGGUAAAAAUAAAAAUUUCCCUGUGAAAUAAUCCACUUAUUUAAAAAAGUAUGCACCUGCUAUUGAAAUGUAACGUUACAUUGCUUAUAGAGUCUGUGCCAACAUACUGUCCUCGUGAGCUAGAAAGAGCAGCCUUGGCAUUUGUUGUGUCUCUUCUCCGGUAUUCUGUGCCUUCACAAUCCCUCAUAAUUCACUUUCACUUACACACUUGUACACACACACACUCACACACACAUACACUUAUUGUUCUUUUGUGGCGAAAUGCAAUCAAAAUUGUCACAGAAUGUUUUCUAUGAAGCACAAUUACUAAAGAAAAUUGUUAGUGAGAAUGUCUUUUAGAUAUGAGUCUCUUUAAAGUGAGAUAUUUAUAUAUAUAUAUAAAUAGAUUGUGAAUGUGUAAUUAUUUACAGGGAUGCACAUAUGUGAAAAAAAAGUACAUAGAGGUCUAUUUUGCUGUCUGUAACAAUAAACACCUACUAUUGCUUAUAGAAAAACAAAAUAUGUUGUUGCUUUUGUCUUCCAUCAAUAAGUAUGGAAACUGUUCUCUAUGUUAACUUGGUAACUUUUCAAUUUCAUUUUUAUGAGUUUUUAGUAAUGUUUCGAUUUUAUAAAUACUCAUUUUUUGUUUAAUGUGUACUUACUUUCCAGUGUUGAGGAGGAGGAAAGGGUUUAUAGAAAGAUUUCUGAUGUUAUAGUGAUGAGUUUUUUUACCACCUGAAUGUGCAAUAUUAUGUUUGUAAAUCAUGCACUGUAGUUGAAAUUGUGUUGAUGAAUAUUGCUUUUAGAGAUAUAAUUAUUUGAGGAGAGUGUAACAUGUUUCUCGUUUCUUCAUUUGGAAAACAACCAAAGUGUUAUUUUUGUUCCCCUUGGUAGUAAUAAUUGUGAUUCUAGUGACCAUGUGAUGGCAGAGCGGCGGUUGUCAUUUGUAAUUGUCAUGUCUGCCAGGCAACACAAGAAUAAAGUUUUAAAUGUUCUAUC